AUGAACAACGAAGAGAGAGGCGAGGUAGUACUGGUGGGCGAGUUCGUGGUCAGUGAGACUGACGAGAAGGUGCUCAGCGCAAAGUAUGUAGGACUAGCAGUGGAUGAUAGGCUGCUGUUGCAAGACGCCCAGUUCACUCUGUUGCGUGGCCAUCGUUACGGACUUAUCGGCGAAAACGGUACGGGCAAGACCACACUGUUGCAAGCCAUCCGCGCUCAGCUGAGACAAGAGGAACACACAAACUUUUGCGUGCGCUACGUUGGUCAGACGGACGCCGAGGGCAGCGCAGAGGUCAAGGAGUCCGUCAUCGAGUACUGCUCCAACGCCGACUCGAAGCGAUCUGCAUUGACCCGCGAACUCGAGGAACUAGAGUCGCCAGACCUCGACGAGGAGGACAUUGCCGCCGCCGCCGAACGCAUUGGAGAGAUCAUGAUGGAGCUGGAGAUACCCGAUGACUCAAAGGAGCGCGCCGACGCACUGCUGCGCAAACUGGGCUUCGUCAAGGCUAUGCGUGAUGGCCCCGUCGCCAGUUUGUCUGGUGGCUGGCGCGCUCGCCUUGAGAUGGCCUGCGCCGUGUUUGCCGAGCCCGACAUCCUGUUCCUGGACGAGCCAACCAAUCAUUUGGACCUGCAUGCCGUGUUCCAGUUGGCCGCUUUGCUGAGGCACAAUGAGAAGAUGACAGUGAUCGUGGUCUCUCACGACGCCUCGUUCCUGGACCUCGUGUCCACUGACAUCCUCAGCAUCAAUGGUUGUAUGCUUCAGUCGAUCAACGGCAACUACUCGGCCUUUGAGGAGAAGGCUGCCGAGUACAAGAGGUUCCACGAGCAUAUAUACGAUAAUAGAGUGCGUGAAGAAGCACGCCAGACCGCCAGCACCAACCAGCUUCGCAACAAUGCACGCAAGUCUGGAAAUGACAAGGCCUUGAAGCAGGCUGCCAGCCGUGACCGCAAGGCCAGCGCAAGAGUCGGACUGUAUCGUGAGGAUGGCAAGAAGUUCAAGCUGAAUUCUCUCAAGACUUUGGACACGGCAUCCCUGCGGCUCCCCUCGCGUGCAGCUCCUGUGAAACGCCAGCCUGUCACCAAGAUCACCCUGCCGCAGUCGCACAGGGUCGGUGGCGGAGCUGGCAACACCGUACUCGUCGAACUGCGCACUGCCACUGUCCGCUAUCCCAACACUCAGAAGGACCUGCUAGUCAAUGUUGACCUUCAGAUAUGUGCUGGCGAUCGUGUUGCGCUGGUUGGAAAGAAUGGCGCCGGAAAGUCCACCCUGCUGAGGACGCUGGCAGGCAAUGCCCAUCCCGCCAAGGUUGUGUCUGGAGAGGUGCGUCACAUUGGUCGCACGGCCAUCGUCGACCAGAAUCAGCUGGCGCUGCUGGAAGGUCACCUGGAAAAGACUUGUGUGCAGUUCCUGCGAGAGCGCCAUGCCGAGUUCUUCAAGAGUGGAGAUGACACCAACGUCAGGAAGCAUCUGGGUCAGUUCGGUCUGCAGGGCGACUCUGCCCUGCUUCCAAUCGUCGCGCUGAGUGGAGGUCUGCGUGUACGUCUAGUCCUUGCCGACCUGUUUGCCGACGACUCCCCACCCGACGUACUACUGCUCGAUGAGCCUACGAAUCACCUGGACGGCGAGACCAUUGCCGCUCUGACCGCCGCCCUCAAGACAUUCUCUGGUGCCGUGUUGGCAAUCAGUCACAACUGUGCCUUCUUGCUUGAGGUCUGUCGCGACCUGUGGAUAUGUGACAAGGGCGUGGUAACAACCCAGAAGCAGGUCGAGGGCUCUCCAUUCCUGGAAAACUUCCGUAGCUAUGCAGAAAAGAUCGUUCCACCAACCGAGAAAGAGGCACUCCAAGACAUGCUAGUGAUACGUGCAGCUCGUUCUGCUAUCGUGGUCCAACAACCAGGUGCAUCAACAAGUUUGCUCGUCUAA